CUCCUUCCUCACCAACUCACCUCUCUCAUCUCUCUCGACUCCGGCCAGUCUCUUCUUCUCUAGAAAGCUAGCGAGGCUUGGAGGUGAGCGAAAAUGCCGGUCAGCAGGAUCGCCGUGGGGAGCCACCGUGAGGUGUACGAGGUCGGCGCCCUCAAGGCGGCGCUCGCCGAGUUCAUCUCCACGCUCAUCUUCGUCUUCGCCGGCCAGGGCUCCGGCAUGGCCUUCAGCAAGCUGAGCCCCGACGGCGCGGCGACCCCCGCUGGCCUGAUCUCGGCGGCGAUAGCGCACGCCUUCGCCCUGUUCGUGGCGGUGUCCGUGGGCGCCAACAUCUCCGGCGGGCACGUGAACCCGGCCGUGACCUUCGGCGCCUUCGUGGGCGGCAACAUCACCCUCUUCCGCGGCCUGCUCUACUGGAUCGCCCAGCUCCUGGGCUCCACCGCCGCCUGCUUCCUCCUCCGCUUCUCCACCGGCGGGCUCCCCACCGGCACCUUCGGGCUGACCGGCAUCGGCGCGUGGGAGGCGGUGGUGCUGGAGAUCGUCAUGACCUUCGGGCUGGUGUACACGGUGUACGCCACCGCCGUGGACCCCAAGAAGGGCAGCCUGGGCACCAUCGCGCCCAUCGCCAUCGGCUUCAUCGUGGGCGCCAACAUCCUGGUCGGCGGCGCCUUCUCCGGCGCGUCCAUGAACCCCGCCGUCUCCUUCGGCCCCGCCCUCGUCAGCUGGGAGUGGGGGUACCAGUGGGUGUACUGGGUCGGCCCCCUCAUCGGCGGCGGCCUCGCCGGCGUCAUCUACGAGCUGCUCUUCAUCUCCCGCACCCACGAGCAGCUCCCCACCACCGACUACUAAGCAGCGAGCUUAGGAUCGGAGUCGCCGUCCAUCCGUCCGUGUGAUGCUUCGUCUCCCCCUUCCUUCCCGUCAUCAGUCGUUUUAGUUUCUCGCGCGGUCGCCGCAUGCCAUGAUGCAUGUAUGCGGAGCUCGCCUCGUUUGCUUUGAAUCAAUCAGUCCUGGGAUCCGUCGAUCGGUCGGUCAGUCGAGUCAGUUUGUGGUGCGUGCGUGGAGCUGUAAAAGCGUGGAUGAUCUCGAUCUGGGAUGACCGACCCAGUCAAUUUGCUUCUGUAAAACUGUGAAUUCGCCCGCCCGAGUAAUUUCAAGUUCAGUUGAGUUGGAAUGGAU